AUGGCUCUAAGGGCGGCCGUUAGCAGGCCAUUGAGCGCCGCUGUCCGCUCAGCCAGCUCUUCCGGAUCUGUUGCUGUACGUGCUUUUGCAUCGACAGCUUUACGAGCAAAGGAUGUCGCUGCAGAUAGCUCUGAGACCCCCAACAUGAGGUUCGCUCCUCGUGAUGCAAUGGGCAAGCUCAAAGCUCCUAUCGUCAAUCCCACCGACAAGUACCAGGAGAAGGGAGAGGCAUUGCACAAGUACGGACAGUACUUGAUGUCAUGUCUGCCGAAAUACAUCCAACAAUUUUCGGUUUGGAAAGACGAAUUGUGCAUUUACAUUCCUCCCUCGGGCGUCAUUCCUGUCUUCACCUUCCUGAAAUACCACACCGCCGCAGAGUACACUCAGAUCUCUGAUAUUACUGCUGUCGACUACCCUACCAAGGACCAGCGUUUCGAGGUCGUAUACAACAUGCUUAGCAUUCGACACAACUCCCGCAUAAGGGUCAAGACAUACGCGGACGAGGCAACACCUGUUCCCAGUAUCUGUGAUCUGUACGAUGGUGCCAAUUGGUACGAGCGAGAGGUCUACGAUCUUUUCGGUGUUUUCUUCGUCGGCCAUCCAGAUUUGAGGCGUAUCAUGACCGACUACGGCUUCGAUGGCCACCCUCUCCGCAAGGAUUUCCCAAUGACUGGUUACACCGAGAUUCGAUAUGACGAAGAGAAGAAGAGGAUCGUCGUCGAGCCUUUGGAGAUGACGCAAGCAUACAGGAAUUUCCGUGGUGGCUCAUCCGCCUGGGAGCCAGUUGGCCCUGGUGACAACAAGACACCAGCUCAGCCAGAGCCCCCGAAGGAGGGCGAGCAAAAGAAAUAG